GGUCUGCAGGAUGUCUUCAGUGAUUCCUCAAGGGUUUCAGAGCAGCAAACAGGACUUCCGGUUCGGCCCGUGGACCGUCACCGCCGUCAGGACUCACAUCAUGAAGUCCAAAGAUAUCGAGAGGCUGGCGGAGACGAUGCACAUGCCGGCUCUGCCAGAGAUGCUGUUCGGGGAGAACGUGUUGCGCCUUCAGCACAGCGACGGCUUCGGGAUCGAGUUCAACGCCAUCGACGCGCUCAAACGUGUCAACAACGUGCAGGACUCGGUGAAGGUGGCCUGUGCCCAGGAGUGGCAGGACAGCAGGGCCGACUCGGAGCAUUCGAAGGACGUGGUGAAGCGCUACGAUUGGACGUACACAACCGACUACAGAGGGACUUUACUGGGAGAGCACAUGCAGAUCAAGGUGAUGCCGACCGCCGACCGCAUCGACAUGGAGAAGCUGAAGGCGCGAGAACAGAUCCAGUUCUUCGAGGACGUGCUGCUGUUCGAGGACGAGCUGCAUGAUCACGGCGUGUCUAUGAUCAGUGUCAAAAUCAGAGUGAUGCCCACCAGCUUCUUCCUCCUGCUGCGGUUCUUCCUGCGAGUGGAUGGAGUGAUGAUCAGGAUCAACGACACCCGUCUCUAUCACGAGGCUGGAAGAAACCACAUGCUUCGAGAAUUCAGCACACGUGAAAGUAAAAUAUCAGAUCUUCAGCACAUUCCUCCUGCGCUUUACACAGACCCCAACGAGAUCGCGCAGCAUUUGCCCCUGAAGCUCACCGAGUGUGAGAAGCUGCAGCUCCCGGAGACGCCGGCGGGAGCAUCACAGUCUCCACUGUGGCGGGAGUGAACACCGGAAGACUCGUUCACCCUCGUUAUGAUCACUUCUGAAACUGUCCUGUAGAGUCUCAUCCUGUAACUUUCGUGAGGUGCAGAAUGUCUGCUUUGUAAUGUAAUGCUUGUUUGAUCUGUUUGUCAUUGUAGAAGAUUUUAUUAAAAUGCUUUAAAUGA